AUGGAGGAGGCAAGCUUCGUACACAGUGGAGAUAUCUUCUCUCUCACCGACAAGUCAGGAUACCAGAUUCCUUACUACAUCAAGACUGGGGCAGCACAAGAUAACGUUGGACAUCGUCGACGGAUGCCUCGAUCGUACUCCACGCACUCAGUACUGCACGAAACCAACCGCAGCCACGUGUACAUCACCGGCAGCGCUCGAGAGCACAUCCCGUUCGUGACCAAGAGCGUGCAUAUGCGGGAGUGUCUGGCCGAGUUUCUCGGUACACUCGUGUUCCUCUGCUUUGGCAUCGGCGUCAAUAACCAGGUCAAUCUGUCCGACGGUGCCAACGGAACGUGGCUCAGUGUCAACAUUUGCUGGGGCAUUGGAGUUCUCAUUGGCGUCUACGUCGCGGAAGGUAUCAGCGGCGCCCACUUGAACACCGCCGUCACGUUCACCCACGCGGUAUUUGGACGUCUUCCGUGGUGGAAAGUGCCAGGCUACGCAGCAGCCCAAACGAUGGGAGCGUUUUGCGCCUCCGCUCUCGUGUAUGUGCUACACUACCAGCGUCUUAUGGAGAUAGACCCGAACGGAAUGACCACACAAGGCAACUUCGCGACGUACCCGAAGGACAACAUCUCUAACCUCACUGCCUUCUACAGUGAAACAUUGGGAACUGCAGUGCUGCUCAUGGCCAUCUACGCCAUUACCGAUGAGCGUAACCGAGGCGCAGGCCCGGUCGGUACUCCGUUCGCGUUCGCGAUGCUAUUCAUGGCUCUAGGUAUGGCAUUGGGCAUGAAUACCGGCUACGCUUUGAACCCGGCACGCGACUUUGGUCCCCGUUUAUUCACUCUACUAGCUGGGUACGGCCCCAAGGUCUUCUCUGCAAACGCCCACUACUUCUGGGUGCCUCUCAUCGGGCCUCUCAUCGGCGGCGUUAUGGGCGCUGGAGCGUAUUUCUUCAUUGUGCAGUUGCAGGAGGAUGCCGAUGAGGAAGAGACCGAGUAGUUUUUUUUUUCUUUAAAAACAAUUCUGUUAAUAUGACGCAGGUCUACUCAGUAUAUGUUAAUUAAUGGUACGAAGCUUGCGAGUUAGUCUCAGCGCUAGCGGAGGGUAUGAUGCCACGGCGUUAGCGGGACUAGAUCGUCCCUAUCAGUAUGAGUAGAGAUAUCUGGACUGGAGAUACUGCGAGGCUGCGUGCAGCCACUUUCGAAGUCGCGGAGGCAUCACAAGGACCACCUGUACUCGUUGUGCGACGAUCACACCGUCCUCGUCCAUUACGUCGGCAAUACCGUAUUGCAGCAGUCCUAGGUGGAUGUUGAGCAUUGGUUGGUUUCUGGAAAACUUUAAACACUUGGAGCUAUAGGGCAUCAUUACAAGAGCAGAAGGAUCGGUGAGCCACAGCAAUCUGGCUGGAGUGAAAAUCGUGGCAGAUAAGCCUUGCCUGGGCGCUGAAAAAGGAGAAUGGUCAGGGAAGGCAUCUGAAAAACAUCGCGCGACUUUGGCGCAUGCCAAGAAACGCAAACAUGGCUGCAGUGAGUUUUCGUAAAUGAAAUUAUUGAAUUUUGAAAAUUGAUUUUUUAAUCUGCAAACGAG